GUUUUGAAUGUGUAUUGAAAAAUGCAAGUGUGUUUUGAAUCAUUGACAUGUUAUCUUGAGUGCUGUAAUUUUUUUUUUUUAUUGCUUGCGUCGAUAGACGUUUUUCCUUGUAGAUUUAUUUUACUGUGACAAGUCAUGCGUUCAGACAACAUGCAAAAGCACUAGCGGUUUUUCCCGGCAUAAGAUUGCUGACAAGAAAACUGUAUGAGACGCUUGCGGCGGUCAAAUCAGCAGAACAACGUGCGUUAAAUUUUUCUUAGAAUAAUAAACUUGUAUAAUAUAAAAUUAUGAGAAAACCGUUGAAUUGGGACUCAUUUUUUAUUAAAUGGGGAUGCUAUUCGCGUCAAUGUGAUACACAUGAAAAUCAAGAUACGUGGUUAGCUUGUCAUUAUAUAACAAAUACAAAGAGUUCACACGAGUUGAAUACAAACGCGACAGUAUGUUGUGGUGGAGUACGACUUGAUAACGUUUGUUCUUUUCCAUUAUUGGCUCCUGAAACGGGUUCCUUAUCGAAUUUGAAUGUAAUAGAAUUGUCUUGUGAAGACAAUACGUCAAUAAGGAGAAAAACAAAAACAUAUCUGCAUAAAGAUGGUAAUUCAACGGGCUGUGGGACUUCGCUUUGUAGUAUUCACUUUACCAAUAAUGCAAGCCUUCAAUGCCCUUGGAUAUUGGCUGUGUUUGAUGGGCAUGGUCGAGGAGGUUAUGUGGCUGCUAAAAUUGCUUCCCAGAGUCUAAAGCGAACAUUAGGACAACUGAUUUUCUCCAAUGUACAACCUAUGUUUUGGCAUGAAACUUUUCCCAAUGCAUUUAUUGUUUUACAACACAUACAAAGCAUUCUUUCUAAAAGUAUUUAUCAAGCGCAUUUAAAUAUUUUAGAAAGCCAUCAACCGAAUGGUUUUGAUUUUGGAACGACUGCUGCUCUUACAGUUCUUCUAGGUCGUUAUCUUCUCACAGCGACUUGUGGUGAUUCUUCUUCCCUUUUUAUUGUCAACUCAACCUCAAAGUUAUUAAAAAAAUCUAUUUUAAUUAAUAUACGAUUAACAGUAGAUCACUCUUGUCGUAAUCCUAAUGAACAAAAAAGAAUUAAAUCUUUAAAAAAAGGUAUGAUUGUAAAAGAGAGUCAAGGUGGGCUACGUUUAAUUCCUUCAACUUUAACACUGGAUCAAGCUAAAAAACAGGGUCUAGCUAUUAAUAUGACAAGAGCAUUAGGGCACUCUAUUUUAUCCUCUUCUGGCCUAAGUUGUGAACCAUGUUUUACUUUGUUUGAUAUUGUUGAUAUUUACAAUUUUUUAAAAACUAGAGCGUCCUAUAAUUAUUACUUAUUUCAAGCGCAAGAUUUUGAUGUGACGUGCGACAUGAAAUUUCAACAAAAGACGCACACGGAUUCUUUUCACGACUCUUCUUUACAUAAAAGUCCCAAUGAAGAUUAUGAAGUUGUUGUUAUGAUAGAAAACAAUGAUCGAGUCAAUAGGAUUCCUACACACAAAACAACAGAACGUUCUUGUCCUUUUCAUUACCAGCUACUGGUGGAAACAACGUAUCAGAAUAGUCACAAUCCCGCGAAUACGAGCAUUCCUUGGUGUAGUUUAUCUGAGUUUAUGGAAAACAGUGUAUUCUACAAUGUCGUUAUGUCAGAUGGUAUUUCGGACGUUAUGUCAGCCAGGCGAAUUAGUCACAGUAUUCUUCAAAAGCAUUCUAUGAAAUGGGGACCUCAAAAAAUUGCAAAAACUUUAUCAGCUGAAGCUCUUCAUAUAAGAAAAAAACAUCGCAUGCGUCAUGACAAUUGUACCGCUAUCGUUGCUAAUUUGUGUCCUCAUUUUUCUCAGAUUUCAAUUUCUCCACACGAUAACGAACUGAGUGUCUCCAACCAUGAAGAGAAUCAUAAAACUGACCGCACGUUGAAUUAAUAUUAUGUCUAGGAGUUGUAGGGUCUUCAGCACGUCGCUCAGAUGGUUCCACAAUGCUAAUAUAUUCCUGGUACCACACUGAAGAUUUUUCUAUUACAUGAAAAGAAGUUGGUUUGCUACACUUGAUCAAAGUCUAUCUACCAAUAGCUAUUUGACGUAAACGAUAACGUAGCACUGAUUUCUUUAAUGGUUUCUCCUUUAUAUCAGUUGAACACCAAUUCAAUUUGUCCUGGCCUUUAUCAACCUUUUUUUUAAAGAAAAAGGAAGAAAUAAAACAUAGUCGAACAGUUGUUAGUAUGCUUUCCAAACCUACGCGUUUUCUAGCGCUACUCCCCUCAACCGUUGGUUUUAAAGUAUUCUUGUGACUGUCGUUAAAACGUGUGGAUCCAAUAGUCUUUGUGUAUCGAUCUUUAAGAAGAAAAAAAUACAAACAUAACAUUAUCGUAGUUUAAAAAGAAUUACCCGAUAAUUUCAAUAGUUCCAAUGUCUCACAAGACGUUGUUAGUAAAGAUUUGUUAAAAUGACUAGGAGCCUGUUUGUCAGAAUCCGUUUUGGUUUUUGGGAAAUCCUGAAUUUUUGUUUCGGAAUCAAUACUUUGUUUAUUGGAAAUUUUAUUUCUAUUUUCAACAUCAACUAUUUGGAGUUGCAUUGGAGUAUUCUUUUCAGUUAAGCAUUUAGCGCGAGCAGCCAACAAGUCUUUUUUUGAAAUAAUUUUCAAAGGACGAGGUAUCAAUUCCUUUGGUUUGGACUCACUCAUAUACCGCAUCAUACUCACAAAGCCUUCUGGGAAUUUUGUUUCCGUUAAUGUUUGAGCCUUUUUCUUCUUUUUACGUGAAACAUUUUUCGAUUCAGUACUUGGUAUAAAACAUGAACGCCUUGUUAAAACAACCAAAAAAUCUUACCUAGACGGUUCAUC